AUGUCGUCUUAUGCUAUCACCGGAGCCUCCAAGGGCCUUGGCCGCGAAUUCGUGCGUCAACUUGCCGCCGAUACCACCAACACGGUCUUGGCUAUUGUGCGAAACCCCGAAUCGCCCGACAUAUCUGAGCUCGCCUCCAAUUACCCUAAUGUGCACGUUAUCAAAGGCGAUGUUACAGACCCAAAGUCUCUCGUUGAGGCUGCCUCGACCGCAGCCACCAUCACGGGUGGCAAGCUAGACGUGCUUAUCCACAACUCCAACGCCGUUGAUCCGGCCACCAUGUCCUUCAAUCCAACCCAGAUUCCCUUUGAUGCGCAAGCCACUCGGGAAUUUUUCGAUCUGCCGCUUAGUACAGCCGUCUACGGCGGUAUAUGGACGACAAACGCCUUCCUUCCCCUGAUCGAGAAAGGCACCCAGAAGAAGAUUGUGCACAUGUCCAGUGGCAUGGCGGAUCUGGAUGUCAUCAAGAAGACGGGCAUCAGCUAUGCUGUCGCGUACUCUGUGGCAAAGGCCAGUAUAAAUGUUCUAGUCGCCAAGUACACAGCAGAACUAGCGCCUAGAGGCAUCAAGGUGUUAGCUUUAAGCCCAGGGUGGGUUAAUACGUGGGAAGGAGAGAAAUCCCCUCAGGUAUUACAAGCAGAAGAGGUCAUGCUGAAGCAGUUUCAGGCCGUUGAGCCUGAGCUCAAAGGGCAGAUUCAGCCCGAGGAGAGUGUUAGAAAGUGCCUCCAGGUGAUUAAGCGUCUGGAUGCGGAGACUAGCGGCUUGUUUUUGAGCCACAAUGGAGACAAAAAGUGGCUGUGA